AUGAAGAAGUCUAAAGGGGUCUACAUUAUUCUUUUCAAUACGCUUUUGCUUCUGGCUGUGGAGCUCUUUGCGCACCACAAGAGCCAUGCAGUCUCCAUACUUGGAGAAGUAUUUCACAUGGCAGGUGAUCUGAUGACUGUCGGGGUAGGGCUGUGUGCAUCAUUUAUCAUGCAAAGGUGGAGUGGAGGUGAUAGGUGCACCUUUGGCCUAGCUAGGCUAGAAGUUCUGGCUGCUGCUAUUUCUCUCUUUUUGAUCUGGUCUCCUUCUAUAUACCUUGUGCACCUGUCAGUUGGAAGAUACUUCAAUCCUGUGCCUCUUGAUAGACACAUUCUUCUGGGCACUGCUUUUUUCUCUUUGGUUGUAAACUUAGUGAACUUCUUCGUUUCUCUGCACAUGAACAAAAGGUGCACCGGGGAUAUGAGCAUUACCUCGAUAUACAUCCAUGCUCUGAGCGAUCUGAUGCAGUGUUUGGGCCUCUGUUUGAGCGGUCUUGUGCUGUACAUCGACUCUUCUUUAGUUAUUGUCGAUCUGCUAGCUGCCAUCCUCUCAACUGCGAUUUGCUUCUACGGGUCUCUUGGGCUGGCGCGGGAGGUAGCGAUGAUGCUUCUCGAUGCAUCGCCUGUGGAUGUAGAAAGCGUCAGAAAUAGUCUUAUGAGCGUAAGCCACGUAGAGUCAGUUACUGACCUAAAGGUGUGGAGCAUAAGCAGAAGCAACAGAGCAACUAUGGCUCGGGUGUCCCUGGCUGAAGGAGCACAGCACACAGAGGUGGUGCGAGAGUGCAGAGAAGUUCUUCAUAAAGAAUAUUCAGUGGGCAUUUCCAACAUAGAAGUAUACUAA